AUGUUGGUGCCACCGACAGUUGGAAAACCUCUUAUUUUGUAUUUGACUGUGAACAAGUAUUCUAUGGGAUGUGUACUGGGACAACAUGAUGAAACUGGGAAGAAAGAACAGGCUAUAUAUUAUUUGAGCAAAAAAUUCAUGGAGUAUGAGUCCAAAUACUCUGUGCUUGAAAAGGUGUAUUGUGUGCUAGCAUGGACCGCCCAAAGGCUCCGACCAUAUAUAUUGUAUCACACAACAUGGUGGGUGGUAAAAUUAGAUCCCAUCAAGUAUAUUUUUGAAAAACCCUUCUUGUCUGGGAGAAUAGCUCGAUGGCAAGUGCUAUUGUCUGAGUAUGAUAUUAUGUAUGUGUCCCAAAAAUCAAUCAAAUUGAGCAUCAUCGUUGAUUUCCUCGCAGAUCGAGCUAAUGAGGAUUAUGAAUCUGUAAGUUUUGAUUUUUCAGAUGAAGAUUUGAUGGCCGUCUUGCACAUAGAAAAGGAGAAUCUCAAUGAACUUAAUCCAUGGAAGAUGUAUUUUGAUGGAGCAUCCAAUGCUUUGGGGCACGAAAUUGGGGCAGUAUUGAUUUCUCCAAAUGAAAAGUACUAUCCAGCCACGACGAGAUUGAAUUUCAAUUGUACUAAUAAUAUAGCAGAGUAUGAGGCAUUGGUAAUGGGAUUCCAAGCAGCAAUCGAGAUGAAGGUCGGCGCGAUAGAGGUUUACGAAGAUUCAGCUUUGUUCAAGAAAAUCAACUUCAACCAUUUGCCUCGAGAAGAAAAUCAUAUUGCUGAUGCUUUGGCCACUCUCGCAGUAAUGUUCAAAAUAGAAAAAGUGGCUGAUGUACGUCCUUUUAAUUUAGAAGUCCGUGAAGUCUCCGCACACUGCUUGAAUGUUGAGGAAGAGGUUGAUGGUAAGCUGUGGUAUCAUGAUAUCAUGCAAUACAUCAAGCACCAAGCAUAUCUUGAGAAUGCCACGGACAAUGACAAGUGA